AUGGGCUCCAUCAGAUCGUAUGCCUCCCAAAUCGGGGCUGUCUCAACCAGAGACGAUAUCCAUCCUCAACCGCAGGAAAAAGGCACAAAUGGACAAGGACAGAGCUCGGUCCUACCGACCCUCGAAAAGGACCAUCCCGCCCGCUAUGUAUUGGGCAUCUUCCGCGUGAAGAGCGCAGGAGAGAGCGGCCGGACUGGAGUUCACCCAAUCCACUUCCUCCUCGUCUGCUUCAAGAGCAUCUGCACCGUAUCCAUGGUCGUCAAUAUCCUCUGGCCCUUCGUCCCCGCCGCGAUCGUAAUGCACUUCGCGCGCCCCGACCUGCACGUCUGGGUAUUCGCGUUGAACUAUAUCGCCAUGGUCCCCUCUGCAAACCUGCUCGGCUUCGCGGGCGGAGAACUAGCCAAGAAGUUACCCAAAGUAUUCGGCGUCCUGUUAGAGACGACGCUUGGCUCUGUCGUCGAACUGGUCCUCUUCAUGGUGCUGCUGCAUAAUGAUACCAGUAAUGAACCCAAUAGCGAACAUAGCUUGAUUCCCGUCAUCCAAGCCGCGAUCCUCGGCUCCAUUCUCGCCAAUUUGCUGCUCUGCCUGGGUAUGUGUUUCUUUGUUGGCGGGUUGAAGCGCAGCGAGCAGGUCUUUCAUGAGGCUGUUAGUGAGGUUGGGACGGGAUUGUUGCUGGUAGCGGGCUUCGGUCUUUUGAUCCCGAGUGCGUUCUACUCUGCACUGAAGGGUGCUGUGAAUCCGAAAUUCACGCUGCAAGAGCUGGAUGACUCGGUCACUACUAUCAGUCGUGCCACUUCGGUGAUUCUUCUAAUGGCGUUUUUCGGGUACCUCGUCUUCAACCUACACAGCCACAACUCCAUCUUCGACGACGUCUUAGAAAUGGACGAGCGACAAGACGAAGACCGAGACGAAGAAAGCCAGCGCGCAAAACUCACCUUCAUCGAAUGUCUCAUUGCCAUCGCCAUCUCCCUUACAUGCGUCUGCAUGUCCGCCGUGUUCCUGGUCCAGGAAAUUGAGCACAUCGUUGCCCUCGGUGUCUCGGAUAACUUCAUGGGAUUGAUUCUAGUCCCCCUCGUCGAGAAGGCCGCCGAGCAUUUAACCGCCGUCGACGAAGCCUGGGAUAACCAGAUCAAUUUUGCGCUGUUCCACUGUCUCGGCCCUUCGAUCCAUACUGCCCUGUUGAAUGCGCCUCUUGCUGUCAUUGUGGGCUGGGGCCUCGAUAAGAACAUGACCCUCAACUUCGAAAUCUUCAUGGUUGUCUUGCUCGUGCUGUCGAUCUUGGUCGUUGGCAACUUCCUGCGUGAUGGGAAGUCGAAUUACCUAGAGGGAAUGCUUUGCGUGCUGGUAUACUUUAUUAUCGCCGUUACUUCUUGGUAUUAUCCUAAAGUUGAUGUGGCGGCGACGAACCAGGCUUGA